AUGGAGGUCAUUCCCACAAUGGAAACCUCCCACAGCUGUGACAUCUGUGGUAAGGGUUUCGCCAGGUUUGAUGAACUCGAGAGGCACAAAUUGAGCCAUCAAGCAGUGAAGCCAUUUAGCUGCGAUGUCUGCGGAAAGUCUUUUGCACAUAAGUCACACCUGAAGCAACACCAAACAAUUCACACAGGUGAAAAACCUUUCAAGUGCAGCAUUUGUGGAUUCAGCUUUUCACGUAAUGGUAACCUAACUCGACACAUGAAGACACACGGGCAGGGCACUGUGACUACGAUAACAACGACCCAGUACGAGAAUGUCGCAAACCAAACGAGGGCUUACCCGAUUGAAAAACCAUUCAAGUGCAACAUUUGUGGCUGUGCAUUUGCUAGAAAUGGAGACUUGACUCGACACUUUAAGACCCACGAGGAGUCACUGUACCCAGCCAACCAGAACCAGACCCAAAACACCACUACCACCACCUACCAGCCACGUCCAGCUCAGCCAGCCCCAGCCCAAACCCCUCAGCCUCAACCUGUACAACAGACUGUAUCCGAGGAGAAUCCAUUCAACUGCAAAGCAUGUUGGAAAGCCUUCACAGAACGUUCAGACCAGGAUAUGCACGAACGCAUCCAUGCGGCCCUUUUGCCAUACAAGUGUGAUGUGUGUGGCAAAUCGUUCUCGGAGAACAGCUACCUUGAGCGGCACAAGAAAGCCCACUCCGAGAAGAUGUUCAGUUGUGAUGUUUGCGCCAAGACAUUCUCACAGAAGUACCACCUGACAGUGCAUAAACGAACUCACACCGGGGAGCGUCCGUUCAAGUGUAACAUCUGUGGCUUUGCGUUCUCACGCAAGGACCAUCUUGAGCGGCACCAGCGCACCAACAAGCUUGGAGAUCGUAAACUGAGCUGCGUACCAAUGAACAAUGCGGCCACUGUUGAGAACCACCAAGCUACCCUGAGUGUGACUCCCCAGCAACCAGCAACAGAAAUAACACAACAACAUGCCGAGGUUCCUCACUACAUAAACAUAUGA